AUGAUCCAUGGUCCAUGUGGCACUCUAAACAUGAUGUCGCCAUGUAUGGAUAAUGGAAAAUGUACAAAACGUUUUCCAAAACCAUGUGAAACUGAUACUAUCACCAAUAUGGACGGUUAUCCAUCUUAUCGACGUAGAGACGUAGACAAUGGUGGUCAAUCAUAUGAAUUGCGUCUGUCAAAUGCACACAUAAACGUUGAACUAUACAGUUCAAUGAAGUCUAUCAAAUACAUUUGUAAGUAUGUUCACAAGGGUAGUGAUAAAGCUAUAUUUGCUGUUCAAAAUGUUAACGACAAUGACGAAAUAACACGUUAUCAAAUGGGUCGAUACAUAAGUAGCAACGAAGCUAUUUGGCGCAUUUUUACGUUCCCUAUACAUGAAAGGGAUCCUGCUGUUAUACAUUUGGCUGUGCAUCUUGAAAACGGACAGCGUGUUUACUUUACAGAAGAAACUGCACUACAACAGGCUUUGACGGCUCCAAAAACAACUCUUACUCAAUUUUUUAACCUUUGUAGUCGACAAGAUGCUGAUGGUCAAUUCGCAAGGACGUUGAUGUACACUGAUGUUCCUAAAUUUUUUACAUGGAAUAAACAAUCAAAGAAUUGGGAACCGCGGAAACGAGGCAUUCCAGUACCAGGAUUCGCUGAUAUAUUUAUGACAAAAACUUUAGGUCGAUUAUAUACAGAUCAUCCUAAGCAACGCGAAUGUUUUUUUUUGCGUUUAUUACUGGUUAACGUCCCUGGACCGACGUCCUUCCAAUAUUUGCGAAAAGUCAAUGGUACUUCAUACGACUCUUUCUUCGAUGCGUGUCGUGAGUUAUAUUUAUUGGAGGAUGAUAACCAUUGGGAUCUCACACUUGCAGAUGCAGCACUGAGCUCAUCUCCACAACAAAUUCGUCAAUUAUUUCAAUAA